AUGGCACACAUGACCAACCCCCUCGCCACGGUCGACCAGCUGUACCGCCGGACCUCGUUCAGCGCGCUACCGUCGGACCUCCAGGACACCAUCUUUUUCGCGACGCAGUGCCUGACACAAGCGGCCGGCGUCCUGCUGCGCGUACCGCAGUCCGUCACCGCGCAGGCGAACGUCGUGCUGGCGCGGUACUGGCUGGUCGACUCGCCGCUCGCCCACGAGUUCAGCGACGUCUCAGCCGCCGCCCUCUUCCUCGUCGCGAAGCUCGGCGCACACCCAUGCCCCCCGCGCGACGUCUGCAAUGUAUACGCCUACCUCCUCUCGCCCAGCAGCCUUCUCUUCCAGGCGGCAUCCCCCUCGCCCACCCCAUCGCCACCCAAGCCCGACCCAUCCACCUACUACCUCACCGAAACCGCCUACGCAUCCUUCCACACGCGAAUCCUAUCCCUCGAAGCGCGCAUCCUCUACGCGCUAGGCUUCGACACGCACGUCGCGCUCCCACACCCACUAGUCGUGACAUACCUCCAAACGCUCGACUUCCUGGGCCAGCCCCGCGCCGAGGUCGCCCGCCGCGCCGUCGCCCACCUCAACGCCGCCCUGCUGAGCCCGCAAUUACUAUACCUGACGCACCAGCCGCACGCGAUCGCCGUCGCCGCCGUCUAUAAUGUUGCGCGCGACGCCAAAGCCAAGAUGCCCGAGUGCGCCUGGUGGGAGGUCUUCGACGUCGACCGCGAGGAGCUGGGCUUCCUGGUCGUCGCCAUGCGCAGCCUCGAGGGCUGGGCGCGGCGCCAGAGGGAGGAGGGAGAGCCGCUGGGGAGGGGGGGCAUGAUCACGAGGGGUUUUGUCGAGGGCGAGAUGAGGAAGAGGGGGUUGAAUUUUGGGAAUGGCGGGCCUGAGGGCGAGGUGGAUGAGGAGACGGCCUUGAUGCAGAGUCUGGACCAGAAAGCAGACCAGAUGGAAGAGUGA